AUGAUUCCGUUUAGCACAAAUCGUGAGAAUCGAAGUGAUGUACCUCGCCGGCUUGUCCUUUGCUUCGACGGCACUGGGAACAGCUUUCAAGCGAACGAGUCAGAUACAAAUGUCGUCAAAAUAUAUGAUAUGUUGAAUCGUUUUGACAAGAACCAAUUCCAUUACUAUCAGCCCGGGAUUGGGACAUUUGAUGCUGGCACAAGUAACUCUGGCAUAUCGUUCAUAGGACGAUUAAGAGCCAGUAUCGGAUCUAUGAUGGACCAAGCGAUCGGCACCACUUUCGAGUACCAUGUUUCCGCUGGAUACAAAUUCCUGAUGAGGUUUUACUCGCCAGGCGAUGCGAUAUACAUCUUCGGAUUUUCUCGUGGGGCAUAUACUGCACGGUUCCUAGCUGAGAUGAUCAACGUCAUAGGCCUCCUGUCCCAGGGAAACGAAGAUAUGAUCCGUUUUGCCUUCCAAUCCUUCAGCGAAGUUCAACGUAAUCGGGGCAAGAUUAACAAGAGCACGAAAGAGCGCGACCAAGAACGAUACUUAGAGCAUUUCAAGCGGACCUUUUGUCGUCGCGAUGUUAAGCCCCCGGCAGUCCAUAUCCGCCACGCAGUUUCCAUCCACGAACGCCGGCUGAAGUUCAAACCAGCUCUCUUCCUAUUCGAAAAGGAUCAUCAAGAUUCUGACAUCCACGAAGUAUGGUUUGCGGGAAAUCACUGCGAUGUUGGCGGAGGGUUUCACUAUGAAGGCCCCGGAAAGCAUCUUCUGUCCGAUAUUCCCUUGGCAUGGAUGAUCGACCAAGUGAACGCCCUGGGGGACCAGCCAGCUGGCAAGCUAGCAUUUGACCAGGAGACGAUUAACCAAAGAGGCCAUAUGAAAGCGGGACGUGCACCAGUGUUGCUGCCAACCCAUGGCCUGUCCUCACACACUCCACGUGAAUCUGCUCUAAAAGAACGGAGACCACACGACUUCCUCGCUUUCGACCGUGGCGUAACGCGCUUCGCAACGUUAAUGUGGUGGAUUCUAGAAAUCCUCCCUCUAUUCACCCGCCUGGAACUUGAAUACGGAGAAUGGAUCCCACGUUACUGGCCCCCAAACCUCGGUGCGACCCGUGAUAUACCCCGAGAUGCGAAAAUCCACUGCUCUGUAGUUCAGCUGUAUAAGGCUGGCGUGCUUAGCGAGAUGCCCCGGCUCGGAGGCGACCUACCUCCAUUUUUGGAGGAUCCCAUACUUCUCAUCAAAUCAUUGCCUUUCAUGCUCUUGCGGAUCCUGAUGCCGUGGUACUGGGCUAGCCGUUGGGGAAAGCAAAAGAAGAUUCCACCAAAAACGCAAGAGGCCAUAAAAAAGAAGAUCACCAAGGUAGUAGAAUCACAUGGAGCUCGGUCAUGGAGCUGGACAUAUUGA